UUCAGUCGUUUAGUGUUCCGUGAGUUCACAAGUCGUAGUAGUCCACGAUAACGCAAGAUGAAGAUUGCGUGUUGUCUCGUGCUGGCUGCGUGCGCAUGCGCAGUCGCCACGCCAUCUAUCAGAGAAACAAGACAGAGUAGGCCGGUUUCCAACAGACCUGGAAGGUUCCUGUCACUGCCAAAUCCACAAAAGUGUGCAAACAGACCAAAACAAUUCUUCUUUAGAGGCCACAACUACUUCUACAGCGGCCACGUUCCCACCCUUGCCAACAGGAAAGUCGACUGGCUAGAUGGUAGAAACAUCUGCAGGGAGUACUGCAUGGACUUGGUUUCCAUGGAGACCCAGGAGGAAAACAACAUGAUCUUCAGACUGAUCCAACAAAAUGACGUUCCAUACAUCUGGACAUCGGGUCGUCUCUGCGACUUCAAGGGUUGUGAGGGUCGUACCGAUUUGGAACCGAAAAACAUCUUCGGGUGGUUCUGGUCCGCAAACCGCGAGAAGAUCUACCCGACCAACCAAACCCCAGCAGGGUUCGGCUACAACCCAUGGUCUCAAACCGGACACAAGAAGCAAAGGCAACCCGAUAACGCCGAAUUCGAUAUCAACGGCACCUCUGAAUCUUGCCUUUCCAUUCUUAACAACGUCUACAACGACGGCAUAGCGUGGCACGACGUGGCUUGCUACCACGAAAAACCCAUCGUUUGCGAGGAUUCCGAUGAGCUUCUUCAGUACGUCGCCUCCACAAACCCAGGCCUUCGUCUUUAAGUAAUUUUUUUCCACCUUCACUGAUUCAUUUCACGAUUCUAUUUUUCUCCCUACCAUCCCCCCAAUGUAGAUUUAAUUGAUUGUAUAAAUGUAUUUGUAAUUUUGUAUAUUUAUUUUUUGAUAAACCUACUCUACUGUAACGUUUUUAAUAAAAUUAUGUUACAAUUUUAA